AUACUUGCCUCUUUUAGUGACUUUGAACAAUUUGCAAAAGAUAUAAAAGAAUUAAUGAAUUGGCAGAUCGAUGUUUUAUCGACUGUUAAAGCAGUAAAUAAAGCCGUAGAUAAAAUAAGAGACAAUUUUUAUUUAAUUUCGGUUGAAAAUACCCCAUUAAAGAAACAGGCAAAAAGGG